AUGACAACAGGCAAGGGAGGAAAUACAGCACCACCAUUGCAACCUAGCCUCGAGUGCUGCAUGUGUGGAGACUAUGGCUUGUCUAAUGAGCUUUUCAGAUGCAAAGCCUGCCAAUUCAGAUCUCAACAUAGAUACUGUAGCAACUUAUACCCAAGAGCCGAGUCCUACAGAGUUUGCAAUUGGUGCCUGAGUCAAAAGGAAUAUGAAACAGCCGAAAAAACACACAACUCUUGUAAUUCUUCAUCAUCCUCAUAUAAAAAUAGAGAGGAUGAUAUGAUCAAGACCAAGAAAAAGAAUAGUAGCAGCAAUAAUCAUGGAAAUCUGAACAUAAAGAAAGGCUCUUUGAAGUUGCAACCCAACAGUCCCAUCAAAAAACAACGGUCACCGCCAUCGGAGCUGCGAUUGCCACCGUCUUCAACCCGAAGGAGGAUCGUCACUGGUGGUGGUUCUGAUCAGAAGAGGCUGAGGAGGACAAAGUCGGAGGACAUAUCAAAAACUGAGAUCAUAAAACAAAGGUUUAGAAAUAAGGUGAGAAGGUAUAAACUCUUGGAUGAGGUCUCAAAUCGAUGA